UUUUUCACAUUCCUAAACCGAGCCGAAUAUUUCCGAAUUCCGAGCAUCCGACCCGCCGACCCAAAACACUUGCGACAGACGUGUGGUUUUCUGUUUGCUUUUAUUUGCGUUAUCAGUUAUUUAAAAACUGAACUUCAUUGCGGUGAGAUUGAGAACUGUUAUUGUAGCUGAGAAAUGGCGAUGAAGAUUGUGAAUGCGUAGCACGACACGAGUAUACCUUCAAAUAUUAGACAUGUCGAAUCAAGUGACUUUGUUCGUAGCAGGAUUAAAAUCCCGAAAUGUUGAUACACAAAUCAAGACAGCUCGUGAGCUCUACCACUUUGCGAAAACAGAGCUCCGGGAGGUACCGCAGGAAGAGCUCACACUAUUUCUUGACGAGUUCAAUCACCAAAUAUUUGAGAUGGUCUCAAGUAAUGAUGUCCAUGAAAAGAAAGGAGGCGUUCUCGCCAUAGUUUGUCUAAUUGGGGGUGAUUGCGAUACAACCAAAACCAGAAUAACCCGGUUUGCCAACUACUUGAGGAACCUGCUUCCUUCCUCCGAUGUGGGUGUCAUGGAAUUAGCUGCCAAGACUGUUGGUCGUCUUGCCAUAGUCUCUGGUGUCAAAAGGGCAGAAUAUGUUGAUUUUGAGGUCAAAAGAGCCUUUGAAUGGCUAUCAGAAGAAAGAAAUGAGGGUCGGCGUCAUUCUGCUGUACUGUUGUUAAAGGAGCUUGCCAUAGCUGUUCCCACUUACUUCUACCAACAAGUCUCAGGAUUUUUCGAUCACAUACUUAUUGCUUUAAAAGAUCCUAAGCCUCAAAUUAGGGAGGCUGCAGCAAAAGCCCUCCGUGCGGGGCUAGUAGUCACAGCUCAGAGAGAAACUGCUAAGCAAUCUACUGCUAAACCCCAGUGGUAUAUGCAGUGCUAUGAAGAUGCCAUGGCUUCAUUUGAGGAGGUCCCACUUAAAGAAAAGGGUGUUACAAAAGAGGACAGAGUACAUGGGGGUUUAUUGAUCUUAAAUGAGCUCUUUAGAUGUUCCAAUGCUGAAUGGGAGAAGAAAUACACACAUCUAAUGCGAAGUUUGGAUACACAGAAAGAUAUAACUGUUACUGACGAUAUAAUAUUCAUUAGCAGCAAGCUUCAUAGUCCAUCAGUGAAGCGAGGCUACCUAUGUGAUGGUUUCAAGACUGAAAAUGUUCAAUAUCCAGUUCCUAUUUAUGAGUCCGAGGUUUGCCGUAAAUUGCUGAAGCAAAAGUUUGAAAGAAUAUGUCAAGAUGUCAUGGCACAGCGCAACCUCAAAAAUCAGGGUGUUCCCCAAGUUCUUCUUAUUAUAAUACCUAGGUUGGCUGCUUUCAACAUGGACUUCUUCUCAAAGAAAUAUCUUGCAUCUACAAUGCAUUACUUGCUCUCUUCUUUGCGCAGUCGGGAGAAAGACAAAAACAUGGCCUUCACAACAAUGGGUCUUAUGGCUGCUGCUAUAGAAUAUGAUAUUCAGAGCUACAUUCCUAAAAUUAUGGAAGUGAUCAAACAGGCGUUGCCUGUUAGAGAUACUAUGAGUAAGAAAAGAAUCUGGGUAGAUCCAUCAAUUUUCGCAUGCAUUACUCUACUUGGCAGUGCAGUAAAAGAUUUGGUGAUAUCUGAUAUAAAGGAGUUACUAGAUGCAAUGUUUGCGACUGGGCUCAGCCCCUAUUUAACUAUUUGCCUGAAAGAGUUAAGUCAAAACCUACCAUCACUAAGACCUGAAAUAUCUGAGGGUCUACUCAAUAUGCUAUCUUUAGUUUUGAGAAAUAAACCAUUUCUUCAUCCAGGAGUACCAAGGAGUAUUGAACAACAAAUGAGCAGUAUGAAUUUGAUGAAUGAACCCCAAGACACUGCCAGCAUUGUGUUAGCUCUGAGAACACUUGGCACUUUUCAGUUUGAGGGUCAGCAUAGUUUACUUACUUUUGUCAGGCGCUGUGCAGACCAUUUUUUGCAAAGUGACCAUGAAGAAAUAAGACUCGAAGCUGUUAAAACCUCGGCGAAACUACUAGCUGAUGCCACUGUUAGAACUGCAGAUACUCCAUCGAAAACUCUUACUAUGUUGACUGCAGAAGUGGUCGGGAAACUCCUAAUUGUGUCAGUAACAGAUCCAGAAUAUGAAGUACGCUAUUGGGUACUGGAAUCAUUACACGAUAUUUUCGACAUCCAUCUUGCUCAAAUCGAAAAUCUUAGCUUUUUGUUUAUUGCCAUGAAUGAUGAGCACUUGGAAAUUCGCGAACUUGCUAUAUGCACUGUAGGACGACUGAGCACUGUUAAUCCAGCAUAUGUGAUGCCCGGUCUAAGGAAAACAUUAAUACAGUACUUAACUGAGCUGGAACAUUCUGGAAUGAGUAGAAACAAGGAACAGGCAGCUAGAAUGUUAGAUAAUCUCAUUUUGCAUGCUCCAAAGUUAGUCAAACCUUACAUGGAAACAAUUCUGAAUGUACUUGUACCAAAGCUGAAAGAAUCAGAUUCCAAUCCUGGCGUAAUAAUUAGCGUCUUGAAGGCCGUCGGUGAUUUGGCAGAUGUCCACGGGGACAAUACUGGACUAAAGCAGGCUUUGCCUGAAUUGUUGACAAUUCUAUUAGAGUUGUUAACUGAUGCCAGUGCCACAGAAAAACGAAGUGUGGCACUAUGGGCUUUCGGUCAACUGAUUAGUGCUACAGGUCAUGUGGUCACACCUUACACUGAAUUUCCUAAUUUGAUGGAUGUUCUUCUAAAUUUCUUAAAAACAGAACAGCUACCGAAAGACAGACGUGAAACCAUCCGUGUAUUGGGUCUGCUCGGAGCUCUAGACCCCUAUAAGCAUAAAAUAAGUAGAGGUUUAAUUGAUGGACAACCAGACUCUAGCUUGGUGCCAGUGGCCGACAGCAAAGCUGAAGAGAACAACUUUGACAUGACUACAAGUGAAAUGCUAGUGAACAUGUCAUCUCCUGUCCUUGACGAAUACUAUCCGGCCAUUGUGAUAUCGACGCUCAUGAGGAUCCUGCGAGACCCGACACUACAACAGCAUCACACCAGCGUCGUCCAAGCUGUCACCGUCAUAUUCCAAUCGCUGGGCAUUAAGUGCGUGCCAUACAUAUCCCGCGUGACACCGAGUCUGCUCUAUGUAGCGCGCGCAACGGAAAGUAAUAGUUUUCGCGAAUUUCUCUUCACACAGUUAGCGAAGCUAAUUGCAAUUGUAAAGCAGCACAUUCGAAACUAUUUGGAUAAAAUAUUUGAUCUUAUUAAAGAAUUCUGGAAACCCAGCAGUCCUCUUCAACAUAUUUUGAUAUUACUUGUGGAACAUAUAGCUGUGGCACUUGGAUCGGAAUUUAAAGUCUACCUGCCGCAGCUGAUGCCGCAAAUACUGCGUGUUCUAGCUCAUGAUACAAGUAAAGACAGAUUUGUCACUGAGAAACUGCUUGUCGCCCUACAAAAGUUUGAAGACAAUUUGGAUGAUUACAUGCAUUUAGUUAUACCGGCCAUUGUGAAGUUGUUCGACGCAAACGACUGCCCUAUAAGUGUUGCCAAAGUUGCCAUGGAGACAGUAGACUAUCUGUCAGAUUCUUUAAACUACAGCGAGUUGGUUUCUAGAAUAAUUCAUCCUCUAGUGAGAAGCUUGGAUACUUGCCCGCCUUUGCGGCAAACUGCUAUGGAUACAUUGUGUGCUUUGAUCAUUCCACUUGGAAGGAAGUACAAUGAUUUUAUACCGCUUGUGCAGAAAGUGAUUGUCAAGCACAAGAUACAGCAUCAGAACUACGAACAGAUACUGGCUAAAUUGCAAUCAAAUCAGGCAUUUGGUUUGGACGAGUUUUUACAAAGUACUCGACGUAAACCAAGGAAUAAUAACCAAGAGGCCCGCUUCCUAGCGUGCGACUCCACCUCCAUCCGCAAGUUGUACGUGAACGCGCACAACCUGAAGCUGGCGUGGACGGUCAGCAGCCGCGUCUCCAAGGACGACUGGCUCGAGUGGCUGCGGCGCCUCAGCAUCGGACUGCUCACAGAGUCCCAUAGCCCUGCUCUCAGGGCGUGCCUAGCGCUGGCACACAACUACUCGCAACUGCUACGCGACCUUUUCAACGCCGCAUUCGUCUCGUGCUGGACGGAGCUCGACAACAGCUCGCGGACCGAACUCUCCAACGCACUGGAACAAGCUCUCACUGCCCCUGACGCCCCGGAACUUGCGCACACAGUCUUGAAUUUAGCAGAGUUUAUGGAGCACUGUGAAAGUGGAACCCUGCCCAUUUCGACACAUUUGCUAGGGGAAAGGGCCAUGCAUUGCAGGGCGUAUGCAAAAGCUCUUCAUUAUAAGGAAGAAGAAUUCCGCAGCGGAGCAACGUCGCAGGUCGUAGAAGCACUCAUCCACAUCAACAACAAACUGCAGCAGAAAGAAGCCGCCGAAGGCUUGCUUGAAAGAGUAAUGGCCCAACGUGAAGCCGGCGACACUUCCCUCGAGGUUCAAAUACGAUGGUACGAGAAACUGCACAACUGGGAGAAAGCACUUAUCCUCUACGAUGACAAACUAUCGCAAGACGCCGACAACAUGGAGGCGUACCUCGGAGAACUACGCUGUUUCGAAGCUCUAGGCGAGUGGCUGAAGCUGUACAAAACUGUAUCUAAACGCUGGCCGAAUAUGUCCGACGAUGAGAAAUAUAAAACGGCCAGAUUGGCAGCCGCCGCCGCCUGGGGCCUCAAGGAAUGGGAAUCGAUGGCAAAAUAUGUCAAUUUCUUGCCUGAUAAUACUCAAGACGGCGCCUUCUACAGAGCCGUUCUCAGUAUACAUAAUGGCGAAUUUAGUAUGUCAAAGUUAUACAUAGACAAAGCUAGAACAUUACUGGAUUCGGAACUAACCGCCGUGGCCGGGGAAAGCUAUCAAAGAGCAUAUGGCGCUUUAGUUAGCGCUCAACUGCUCGCGGAAUUGGAAGAAGUUAUCAUAUACAAAUUGGUGGGGGAAAGGCGAGAGUCUAUUAGACAAGCGUGGUGGACGAGGCUUCAAGGCGGACAAAGACUGGUAGAAGAUUGGAGGAAAAUCCUGCAAGUUCGGGGCUUAGUAUUGUCGCCGCAAGAGGAUAUGGUGACGUGGUUGAAAUUUGCAUCCUUAUGCAGAAAGAGCGGUGCUCCCCGUCAAGCGCACAAAACUCUAGUCAUGUUACUAGGCGUCGAUCCCAGUAAAAAUCGGGAUUUGCCACUGCCAACUCACGAGCCAAGAUUGACUCUGGCGUACGCUAAACACCUGUGGGUUGCCGGGGAUAAACAAUUAGCAUAUGACCAACUACAACGCUAUGUUAACUCUGCAGAAACAGGAGACCCAGAACAAUGCAGAUUACUAGCGCGUUGCCACCUAAAACUGGGAUCCUGGUGCGAGUCCCUCCUCGGCAUCAAUAAAGAGUCGAUUCCAGAAAUCCUGGACAACUACGCUUCGGCGACGCAGUUGGCGUCCGAUUGGUACAAAGCGUGGCACGCAUGGGCGUACAUGAACUUUGAAACUGUUCUGUUCUAUAAACACCAAGAAAGUGCUGAAGGUUUACCUCUAUCUGAAAGGAAGCCGACUCCCGAGUGCAUACAAAAUCACACAGUCCCAGCCGUGGAAGGAUUCUUCAAGUCGAUUAACCUAUCUCACGGAAGCUCUCUACAAGAUACGCUUCGGUUAUUGACUCUUUGGUUUGACUAUGGCCACUAUUCAGCAGUUCACGAGGCACUGGUCGAAGGAAUUCGCACGAUAGAGAUCAACGUGUGGCUGCAGGUCAUCCCGCAACUGAUCGCCAGAAUCGACACACCGAGAGCUCUGGUGGGGAAACUGAUUCACUCGUUAUUGAUUGAUAUCGGAAAAUCUCAUCCUCAGGCGUUGGUUUAUCCUCUAACUGUCGCUUCGAAAUCAUCGUUCGUGGCACGGAAGAAUGCCGCUAAUCAGAUAUUGAAGUCGAUGUGUACACAUUCGAGUAACUUGGUCAACCAGGCGGCUAUGAUUUCAGAGGAGUUGAUCAGAGUGGCUAUUCUAUGGCACGAGCAAUGGCACGAAGCAUUGGAAGAAGCUUCUAGACUGUACUUCAGCGAGCACGACGUGAACGCGAUGUUCAAGACGCUGGAGCCGCUGCACGCGAUGCUGGAGCGCGGGCCGCAGACCACGAAGGAGGUUUCCUUCAGCAGCCAGUACGGGAGGGACCUCAAUGACGCACUCGAAUGGUGUAACAGAUUUAAGGAAUCCGGCCAAGUCCGCGACUUGAACCAGGCGUGGGACCUGUACUACCACGUGUUCCGGCGCAUCAGCCGGCAGCUGCCGCAGCUGACGUCGCUGGAGCUGCAGUACGUGAGCCCGCGCCUGCUGCACUGCCGCGACCUGCAGCUGUGCGUGCCCGGCUCCUACACGCCGCUGCGCCCGCUCAUCCGCAUCGCGCACAUCCAGAGCAGUCUGCAGGUCAUCACAUCGAAACAACGGCCGCGUCGCCUCUGCAUCCGCGGCUCCAACGGCAAGGACUACAUGUUCCUGCUCAAAGGCCACGAGGACCUCCGCCAAGACGAACGCGUCAUGCAACUGUUCGGACUCGUCAACACGCUGCUCCAAGCAGAUCCAGAUACCUUUAGGAGAGAUUUAGCUAUACAGAGAUACGCUGUUAUUCCGCUAUCGACUAACUCUGGUUUAAUCGGAUGGGUCCCCCAUUGUGAUACGUUACAUUCUCUCAUAAGAGAUUACAGAGAGAAGAGGAAGUGCCUGUUGAAUAUUGAGCACAGAAUUAUGCAGAGAAUGGCUUCGGAUUUGGAGAAGCUCUUGCUGAUGCAAAAGGUGGAAGUGUUCGAGCAUGCCCUCGAGCACACAGCGGGCGAUGACCUCGCAAAGCUCCUCUGGCUGAAGAGUCCCUCCUCGGAGGUCUGGUUCGAGAGACGCACCAACUACACCCGCUCGCUCGCCGUCAUGAGCAUGGUGGGCUACAUCCUGGGUCUCGGUGACCGUCACCCUUCCAACAUAAUGCUGGACCGAGUGACGGGCAAGUUCCUGCACAUCGAUUUCGGGGACUGCUUCGAGGUGGCUGUCACCAGGGACAAGUUUCCGGAGAAGAUCCCCUUCAGACUUACCAGAAUGUUGAUUAAUGCAAUGGAGGUAACUGGCAUCGAGGGUACAUACCGGCGGACCUGCGAGUCCGUCAUGGAAGUGCUACACCGGCACAAAGACAGCGUCAUGGCCGUCCUUGAGGCCUUCGUAUAUGAUCCCCUCCUCAACUGGAGGCUCAUCGACGCCGGACGCAGGUCCAGGGCCGACGACAGCGCAGUACCAGACGCCCCUUCGCCGCAACCCAGCAGGAAACUUACCAUAGACUUAGACCAACCCGCCGAAGCAAACCUUAACAAACGUGCCUUAGCCAUCGUCAAUAGAGUGAGGGACAAACUAACUGGAAGAGACUUCCCCCAUAUAGACGAAACGGUCACGGUACAGAAACAAGUGGACCUCUUAAUUCAACAAGCGACUAGUAAUGAAAAUCUCUGUCAGUGUUAUGUAGGUUGGUGUCCAUUUUGGUAAAGGCAAAGCCAUGACAAAUGAAUUGUCCGAUGGUAUGAAACGGGGCUUGUUAGAAUUUGAGUGUGCCUUAGACAUCGUCAAUAGUGUGUAAUAAACUAAUUGGAAGUGACUUCCCGCGUACGUGUAUUGACGAAACGGUCACGGUGCAAAAUCAAGUCGACCUCCUGAUUCAAUAACCCACUUGUAAUGAAAAUCUCUGCCAUUGUAAACAUCGGUUAAUUUUGAUAUAUGCAGAAGUGUCAUAGUUGUAAGAGGUGAAUGGUGAAAUGUUAUAAGUAGUGGGCAUAAUAAAAUUUCAUUAGCUAUGUUUGGGGUGGUGUCCAAUUUUGUAAAUGAUUGAACGUCACAUACAGUGACAUCUCAGCUUAUGACUGACGAAAGCAUAGUUCCAAGGUCUUCAGCAAAUUAAUUGUUUUGAGUUCAUGCAUUGUUAUUCGAAAUAUUGAUCAACUUUUUUCGAAUCUUAGUCUAACGUGACUUUUGAAAAUCUAUUUUAAUAUCAUCACAAUGUGUUGAUGCUAUUUGUCGAAGAUUUGAAACUUGUCAGUUGUAAACUUUGUACCUCAAAUACACCUACCAUAUGAAAUCACCAUAAAUUCAUCUUGAGCAAACAGGUGGCAGAAAUUGUCGCAGAACCAUCGCGUAUACUGUGUUAUGUUAACUGUUCUCUAGUCAAAAUGAAACCUUGUCUUAUCCCACUUUCUGCUAUGAGGUCAGGACAGAAGUAAAGUUCUGUCCAUUUAAUUAAUUGUCAUCUCCCAGUCAGAGACCUAAUUAUAUUCUUUAUAUACUAUCUCUGUGGCUUUUGUGUAUGCAUCACAUAUUUCCAUAUAAUACGGAAGGAUGUUAAACAAUGUGUAUCCUUCAAUAUGAUUUACUUAUACCACUUCAUUAAAACAUUUUCGGCCAAUCAAAAUACUUUGUCUUUCUUUUAAUUGGCUGAGAAAAUGCAGACUGUCAAAAGUCAAAAAAAUUAGUUUUUGGUAAAGUAGUAAGUACAGUAAGUACUUUAUACUCUUUGUAUAUAAAUGUUGUAAAUAUAUACAAGUUGUAUAACAGUUAUUUUAAGAUUUGUAAAAAUGAUUUAGUUAGCUUUAUUAUUGGGUAUAAUAUAAUGAGUGAUAAUGACAUAGGCGCAACUUAACAAAUUGCUGAUUAGCAGUAAAAAAUUUAAUAAUGUAUGUUAUUAUGCACCUAGUCUGACAUCAAUUUAUGUAGAUCACUAUUGAAUUUUGUUAUAUUUUAAUUAUGACAUUUAUAAAAGGAAUAAUUAUCAAUAAUUUUCAUAUUACCAAAGUGCCACUAAUUUUACCUUUAUAAAGGUGAAAUAAAUAUAAUUAUACAUGUUGGAUCUUGUAUGUCAAGAUAAAAGAGACUUAAGUUUCGUGAUCUAUCCAUUUACAAAUUUGUAAUUUGUAUGUGUAAUAUCAUUGUCUAUUGUCUAACGUACGUAAGAACUGCGUUAUUUUAUAUUGAUUAACGCACCAGUUAUUGAACCCGCAUUCCCAUAAGCGGGGACGUUUUAAUCUGGAAAUCUUAUGUGGUGAUAGAUAGAUUGAACCCGCAUGACCAUUUUAGCGUGCUUAAAUGGUGGCACGCUAGGUUGAUGAUCAAAAUAUAUGUUGCAAUGAUAUUUACACGAAUGACUCAAGAAAUGUUUCAUAUGUAAAUUGUUAGUUAUGCAGCAACAAAGGUAUAUAACCUACCGCAGAUAAAGGAAAACCGGCAUACAUUUAUUACUGAGAAUUCCUAUUAGUAAUUUUGAAAAUUGUUUUUAUGUGCAAAAAAUAUGUUCGCUUAAAGUAAAUUCAGUAAAUACGUGUGAACAAAAAUAAAUCUGCGGCUGGUUAUGCAAUUAAGUGCAUUUAAAAUUAAUUUUUUAUGAUCAGUCUAGAAUUUCUCAAAACUUUGUAAUUGCAGUUUUGUUAAAUAAAUUGUUGUUUCUUUUAA